CUAGCACGGCGUGUCGAGCCAACCGACCUGAGAAAGCUUCAUUGCAUUACCAGACGUUCAACGGUUACGUCCCUUAACCUUUUUUCGCUCGAAAUACGGUAUACGUGAGACCGCGUUUUCUCAUCAACGGGCGAGCCUCUUUAACGUAAAACAUACUCACGCCAUAUUUUCUCUAAAAAAUGGAUGCUAAUCAAACACCUCUUUCACCACCGGCCUCACCCCAAUUCAAACACAUUGAACCAACGAUUCAGUCUUCGUUCAGCGUUGCAGCACUUUUGGGAGAUAAACUUCUACAGAAAACGAAGGCUGCUGAUAUAAACGUGAAGAGAAACGAUGACGGAAAUGCACGGCCUGGUUUACCUCCAACUCCACAACCUUCUGAUUCGGAAGAAGAUGAACCUUUCCGAAAAAGGCGAUGCGUGGAACAAUGUGAAUUGGCAAAAUUACUCUUAGACGGUACGCCACCGCCAAGUCCAGAACCAGCCCGUGUUUCGGUGAUAAUGCGUGCCAAUCGAGAUGGUACCUACAGUCCUGCCAACUUGAUACCAAAGAUUACCACGAUAUGCUCACAAUCAGUUCCACAUGAUCCACAGCAUAUCUCCAGUUCACAGUCCGAAUCGACUACGCGGCAAAGUACAACGGAGCCGGAGAAUAUACUGAAGAGUCUCAAAUUCAAAAUGAGUUUGCGGAAAGAAGAGAUUAUUGUAAAUAAUAAAAAUACGGAUCGCGAGACUGUACAACCAAAAUUACAUCCUCUAGCACCAAAACCUGCGCCGAUUAUGGUAACCGGACUUUUAGGAUCGCCUUUGGUUCUUCCACGAGCUCCUCUUUUAUUAGUAACUGCGCCUACGACUACAACAGCAUCAAGUGUAACUGCACCAGAGUCAACUGCACGACGUCGUGUUUACGAAUGUGAACAUCCAGGUUGUGGCAAGAAUUAUUUUAAGUCAUCUCAUUUGAAAGCCCAUACACGAACCCAUACAGGUGAACGACCAUUCUCAUGUCCCUACGAAGACUGUAGCAGACGAUUUUCAAGAAGCGACGAACUUUCACGGCAUAAGCGAACGCAUACUGGAGAAAAGAAAUUUGUCUGUACUGUUUGUCAGAGAAGAUUUAUGAGAAGCGACCAUCUGGCAAAACACGUUAAACGGCAUACCAGAGAUAGGUCUUCAUCCGCGAGUGUCUCCGGCGCUCAACCUUCUGUCACGCAAAUGACAUCCACACCUUUACGAGUAAGCCUACUUCCGGUUAUAGCACCACGUAUAACACAAUCGACUCAACAAAUAAUUGCACCGCAAUUAACAGCUUGAAAAAUACGAGAACAGUGACCUGGUAUCACUUAAUAUUUAAACCUGUAUUUAAAGCAGUGAAUCGAGCUUUAAUUAUCGCAGAAUUAAGCAUUCCAACAUCAUGAGAAUAUUAAGAUUGUCUUUUGAUGGAUAAUCAAAGACAAUAUUUUACGAUAACAAUAGAUAUUCUCUGCGAAAAAAUUUAUCCCGAGAAGAUUUUCCUAACUCCACAAUCAAACAAUAAAAUUGAUGGGGAACAUGUCGACUUUGAAGUGUGAAAAUUGCAAGAAUACGAAUACGCUCCUAUAUGUCUUUUCCGAUGUGUGCCACAGUGUGAUCGUGUAAAUUGAAUUAAUAAAAGCGUACUUAAAAGGAAAGAACUUGAAGGCACGAGGAGUGAUGAUAAGUCAUAAAAUGAGGCUUUCUUUGCCGUCCGUGAACCAAGUACCUAAGUGUGACUGUGAUCUGUGAUGCAUAAGCGCGUUGACCGAGAAAAAAUAUUUAUUUAAAAAUGCAAAGACAGUUUUUAUCAGUUGUAUACAUAACGGCUAUGCAAAAGUGUUAAGGAUUAUGCUAUUUUCAUUAUCUUCAACUAGUUAUACAUAUAUGUAUAUUAAUUAAGGUCAUAUCUAUCUAUGUGUAUAUAUGUAUAUACAUAUAACUCGUCCAGUUAAGUGAUAUACUAGACGAAGUAAGACUUUAAUAUUAUGUAUAAAAAUAAGUUUUAAAAUUUUUUCUACAGAAGCAGAAAUUAAUUAAACAACUUAUAUACUUUCA